GCCAUCAUAAAUACCUCGGUAGCUAAGUAGUAACUAGCUAGGAGCUAUAUAGCGGGGACUGGCUGGGGAACAAGCCUCACCAAAGACAACAAGAACAACACCGCUCAAGUGCCCACCAGCAUGUCCAGAGAUUUGACACACAUAAAUUAAAAUGCUUCUCCCUAAACCCACAUUAUCCUUCAGCAUUCCGUCGAUCCACGACGGAACGCUUCUAGAUUGCCGCCUCUACCUACCAGAGCCAGGCAGCGGAGGAGCUUUAGGACAAGCGCCAGCGUCAACGACAGCGUCAACGACAGAAUCAAAAAAGGAGCAGCGGAUCAAGGGCGCCAUCAUCGCACAUCCGUACGCCCCCUUAGGUGGAUGCUACGAUGACCCUGUCGUGGGUUUCAUCGGUGCCGAACUCUUACGUCUGGGAUACGUGGUGGGGACAUUCAACUUUCGAGGAGCCGGAAACGGUCGGACAAGCUGGACUGCUAAGCCGGAGGUAGACGAUUAUAUGUCUUUCUACAUAUUCAUGAUCCAUUACCUGCGGAGUACAUCAUCCGCGUCGCCGGCAAGCAUUGACCUCGUGCUAGGAGGGUAUUCGUACGGAUCAAUGAUUGCUUGUAAUUUGCCUCCUGUCAUGAGGGUACUAGAUCUCCUAGAUCAUGGAGAAAGGUCUAAAGUUGAAUUCGUUCAUGAAAUCCGCAAGACAGCCGAGGAGCUGGGUAUACGUGGAUGCGAGAUGUCUGCUGCUGCCGCCCCGACUUCUACAAACUUGAAACCAGUGGAAACGCACGUUCGAAUAGCGUUUCUGCUUGUGUCCCCCUUGUUACCGCCCGUCAGCGGAUUCUUGACUCUCUUCUCGGCCCCGUCGGCGCAGACAAAGUCGGCAAGAGAGCUGGAGCUUACUUCCCACCCCACGCUCGCCAUCUAUGGGACGCAGGAUACGUUCACGUCAGCGACCAAACUGCGGAGAUGGGUGGCUGAGAUGGAGAGUGCGCCGCAGAGUCGGUUCCAGUACUGUGAAAUUGAAGGGGCGGGCCACUUUUGGCGAGAGGAGGGGGUUGAGGGGCAGGCGAGGCGUGCAGUGAGGGAAUGGGUGGGUGGUUUAGAAGAGAUCAUAUAACCCCUAUCAUAUAUUAUAGUUAACUAGACAUAAUCCUAUAGGCAUUAAUAAUCUUACUAUAAUCACUGGC